GGUACCGACACCGUUCCUAGACUAAUGUCAGCCCCCAUCACCGCUUACUGCACAUCUCCCGAUGAACGGGACCACUUUGUGUCUAGUAUACUGCAAGCAUCAUGUCUUCGACCAUAUACCGCUCGUCAGCGGCAUCACUAAAGGCCUCCGCAACACGCUCGAAGUGUCCGACCACCCAGGUCGAGUUCGGAGGUCAGAAGGCCGUUGUACCCAAAGGCGGCUACUACGAUCGUUACCGCAUGAACCCAAACCUGGACGAGGUAGCCCGCGAUCCGGCCGUUGGACCUGAUAUUGACUUCUUCCGGAAGAUCCCAAAGAAGCUGAUGGAUUCGAGGGUCGGUCAAAUAUACGCACCCAACUUCUAUUAUCGCACUAGGAGCGUCCAGCUCGUCUUCCUCGCACCCCUCGACCGCUUGCAGUCUAGGCUCCCGUCACCCUUGGAGCCCAUCACGGCGUUGCCUGGUUACGGUUUGGUCGCGUUGACGUUUUACUCGUACCUUGUCUGCGACAACGACCCUUAUAACGAGGUCUCGAUUGCCGUCAUCGUCCGGCAGCCGGGUAAUAAUAGUUACAGUACGACCCAAUUGCUCAGUUCCAUAUGGAACAAAACUUUCUACGGAUACGUGUUGGCUCUACCAGUCGAUACCGAGAUCGCUCGAGUACGAGGUGUAUACGGGUACCAAUUCCCUAAAUGGCUCGCCAACAUCAACCUGGAGAUGGAUGAUCAAAACAUCAAGGCCGACCUCACCGCGACAGAUGGGACACCCGAUCUGACGCUGGAUGUACCCCUUCCGGCUCUGCAGACCAUCCCGUCACAAUCUUCGGUCGGGACCAACAUCGCUAUAAACAGGAUUGACGGGAAAUGGUCCCGGGUGGCAGUCCAGACGAACCCACUCCUGGCGGCACAAUGUCUUCUUCCUGGGAACGUCAAGCUCUCUCGGAGUGAAGGUCCAUUGAGUAAACUCCUCAACGAAUUGGGCGCUUCGACCAUCCUACGGAUGGACGUCUUCAAGGAUGCGCAGAUGGUCCUGAAUAUGCCCACAUCUUUGAAGGCGUUUGAUUAA